AGCGGGGCAGCCUGCACUUACCUCGUUGACUUUCCCCUCUCAUCACGCAGCCCUCUCAGACUAACCGAGCCACCAUGGGCAAAAACGACAAAAAGGGAGGCGGCGACAAACCCGCGGCCAAGGGCAAAGGCGGCGACAAGGAUGCGGGCGGCGGCAAAGCCAAGGGCGCGCAGUCCAUCAAUGUUCGGCACAUCCUGUGCGAGAAGCACGCGAAGAAGGAGGAGGCGCUGGCGAGGCUGAACGAGGGCAUCAAGUUCGACGAGGUCGCACGCAACUUCUCUGAGGACAAAGCGAGGCAGGGAGGUUCGCUCGGGUGGAAAAGUAAGGGCAGCUUGGAUCCAAAAUUUGAAGAGGUUGCGUUUGCGCUGGAGCCGAGCACCACGAGCAGCCCCAAGAUAGGCGAGGCGAAGACUGGAUUUGGCUAUCACAUCAUCAUGGUUGAGGGACGCAAAUAGUGACAUCACCAGACACAGCAUGUAGUACUUCACAUCCAAAUACACUUUGCGUC